AUGAGCGAAACAAAACCACCAGCAUCACCAUCACCUCUUAAAACUUUUACAACAAAAAUAUUCAAGCGCAAAAGUACAGCCGAAGAAACGAGUAGUCCAACAAGAAGUAGUUCAACUGUCUCGUUUGCUGAACGCCCAGAAGAGCAUGAAGAAACAACACCUGAUAUAAACAAAGAACAUGAAGAAAUAUCAGCUCAUCCAACCGAAACCACAGAAGAACAUGAAGCAACAGCUCCUCACUCAGCCUCAAUCAAAAAAGAACAAGGACCAACUAUACAAGCUUCUCCAUCUUUAGAAAAACAAGAUGCCCCCACUCCAAUUCCUCCAACAAGAGGUGAACCAUUAGAAAUGCAGGGAGACGUAACAAAAGAAUCAGAACAAGAAACAAGUGUUCCACAGGACGAUGCCAAAGAAGUCCAUAAAACCGAUUCUGCGGAACCGACACCACCGGCGGAAAAUAAUUUACCCUCAAAAGAAAUAAGCUUCACAUCUGGACCGAAUGAAGAAAUGUCAGAUACUGCGAAAGCAGAACCAGCUGAAAAUGUUACCACUCCACAAAUCAGUGACACACCUGAUCGUCAGACGCCAGAGAUUUCGAGGACAAAUGAAGAUGUUGGUGUAGCCCCUUUAAAAGAGCCGACAACCAAAGAUACGACAGUUCCAUCUCAAGUUCCAAUUUCUCAAUCCGAAACUCUAAAAGCUCAAGUAACGCCUCCUGAAGAGCCUUAUACGCAAGUUGCGCCUACGCCAUUAAAGUUCGUCACUGCAUCUACCGAAGAAACUCCACAUUCAACAAUUGAGUCAAUCCCACAAAAACCACAGCAAGAACAAGAACCACCAUCACCACAAAUACCACAGCAAGAACAAGAACCACCAUCACCACAAAUACCACAGCAAGAACAACCACCAUCACCACAAAUACUACAGCAAGAACAAGAACCACCAUCACCACAAAUACUACAGCAAGAGAGAGAACAACCAAAAACACAAAAAAAAGAACUUAAACCUCCGCAUCAGGCUGCAUAUUUGCAAUCCUCAAAACAUAAUGCGGCAAAAGAAAGAGCAAAAGCAGCUUUAUCUCCUGUCUCUCCGAUAAAAGAGAUCUGGGACAAAAAUUGGCUAUUAAGAUUAUGCACUUAUAUUCUCGCAGCAUUCAGUUCAAUUCCAAUUUGUAUUUUAGGUGGAUGGAUUAUCGGCUCUGCGAUGCUUGUGUUUGGUAUUGUUGGAAUUGUAAUGUUUGUAGUUGAAAUAGUUGGUGGAGGAAUAGCUGCAAUAAUAUUUUUUCCGAUUUUCUGCGUCUUAACUUUUCUUGCAUUCAUUCUGGCAGUUAUUGUAGCUGUAGCCUAUAUUAGUUAUCGAUUAAUCGCUGAAAAUGGCAAAG